AUGGCUAUGAAGGAACUUAGGGAGCAGUCUCCCCCGCCGCCGCCGCUCCCGCUGCCGCCGCCGCCGCUCCCGCUGCCGCCGCCGCCGCUGCCGCACCCGCUCCCUGCCACCGCCGCCAUGCCGACCCUCGCGGGCUCGCUGCUCGCGCUCGCCGCACUCGUUGCCGCCGCCGACGCCCAGUCCUACUGCGCCACGAAGGAUAUUGGUAGAAAAACUGACCACCGAAUGUUCCCGGAGCCGCAUGAAAUAUAUCAUGUGAUAACAACCAUAGAGUUUUUUUUGGACCCCUGCGAGAGCAAAAUGGUUGGUUAUACGCUAAAGGUGUGCCGCAAGGACCCACACGGAACGCUGGCCCUAUUCAACGGACCGCCCCCAGGCCAAUUCUUUCCUGUAGAAAUCUUCUGUUUUGAUAUCCAUGACUGUGUAGCCUACGUCACUGCCUACUGCGAAUCAUGAAGGAUAUCCAUUACUGAAAUACAUUUGUGUUAGUAAUUAUUAUCUCAUCUGAA